AUGAAAGAACUAAAAUCAUUACAGGUUCUAAGGGAAUAUCAGCGAGAUAUCUUGCACACUGCAAAGAAGCAAAACACCUUGUUAGUCAUGGCAACUGGUGCCGGUAAAACAUUGUUAGCUGUGAAGUUAAUUAAAGAAAAACAGGAGAAGCAGUUGCUAGAAGGAGCCCAACAUCAAAAGCGUUUAUCGGUGUUUCUUGUUAAUACGGUUCCAUUGGUCAUACAACAAGCUGAUUAUUUAAAAUCACAGCUUCCAUUUCGCAUAGGCGCAUUUUAUGGGGAGAUAUCGCUAGAAAUGUGUGAAGAGCUUUUUCACAGUAUCGUGUUGAAUUAUGAAAUAAUUGUUAUUACAGCCGAUCUGUUCUACCUGUGCUUGGCGCGAGGCUUCCUAUUAAUUUUUGAUUUUGACAUUCUUGUUUUUGAUGAAUGCCAUCAUGCUAUAAAAAACCAUGCAUACGCUCGCAUCCUGAUAGACUUCUACCAUGUCGCCAAAGCAGCAACAACACUUGAAAAGCAGCUCCCAACCAUUUUUGGCAUGACAGCUUCACCGUACACUGGGAAGGCUCGAAAUCCGCUAAAGAGAAUUUUCGAGUGGGAGGAAUUAUUCAAUGCCAAAGCUUACGUGGUAUCAAAUCAUCGUCUUUCCCAGCAUAUCCCUAUGACAAAAGAAUUCGUUGUCCCUUACAAAAAUCUGCUAAUUGAUGCAUCUAAAAAUCCUAUCAUAAAUAAGUGUGAAACAGUUUUUUCAGGUUGCAAGUAUGUGAUGAGGUCAUGUAAAGCCGCACAAUGCGAGAUUAUAGAAUUAGGCGUUUGGUUUGGUGAACAAGUCUGGCAGUUCUUAGUUGAAGAACUUUUAAGAAAACAGUCAAGAAAAAGUUUUGACGGAAAGUUAUCGAUCGAGGAUAAUGUGUGCAUUAAGAGCUUCAUAACUGAGGUAGAGAAGUGGUCGCAACAACAAUUGACGUUAUUUUCUGGGUUUAGAGCUCCCAAGUUAGAUGGAAAUGACACGAGCAAUAAAGUAUUGACACUUUUGGAAUUCCUCGAAAACUUCUAUAGAGACAAUGAUACAUAUAGAACAAUGAUUUUUGUUGAACGAAAAGUGACGGCUUAUUCUCUUACAAGGUUUUUACGGAAACUGAAAAAAGACACCGGAAGACUGAGAAAUAUUCGUCCUUUUCCAUUCGUUGGACAUGGAGAUUCAGAUGUAACAGCACUGUCUAUGCACUUUCGUGAGCAAAGGAAAAACAUUCAUAACUUUAAGCAAGGUGUCUAUAAUAUCCUCAUUGCUACGUCCAUAGCAGAAGAAGGAAUAGACAUCCCGACGUGUAACCUUGUAAUUCGUUUUAAUACUUGUCAAUCCGUUACACAGUAUGUGCAGUCGAAAGGACGGGCAAGGGCCGAAGAUUCAAAGUUUAUGCUUUUAGUAAACGAUAUAGAACAAGCUCAGUAUCAAAAGCUUCAAGAUGAGGAGCGUAUUUUGACAACCGCCUUAGAGAGUCUUGAAUCUACUCGCGAAUUAACCUCUCAUGUUCUCGGCGAUAAUAUCACAACACAGAACGAUAUUGUCAAGUAUGAGAUAGAUGAAACUGGGGCUCUAUUAAUUGAGUUUUUGGCCGUAGGACUUCUAUACCAGUAUUGUAAUACCUUGCCCUCUGACAGUGUUACUUUCCAUUAUCCUAUAUUCACUUGUAUUUCAGCAGGUCAAUCAUUCAUAUAUACGGUUCAUCUACCAAUUAUUUGCAACAUGCCUACUAUACAAGGGUCUCCAUCUGCUAAUAGAAAGAAAGCGAAACGGUCAGCCGCCUUUUUGAUGUGCGUGGAGCUCAUUAACCGUGGACUAAUUAACAAGCAUUUGCAACCUCUAGAUUACCGAAACAAAUUAGCGGAUAUGGAAGAAAGAGAUGAAAAAGCUUUAAGAGAUAUUGAGCAUGAUGAAGCCUUUGAACGUAAAAUCCCCCAAUGUUGGUUAAACGAUGCCGAGCAAUUCUUUGCUUGUAAACUAUUUCCUGUAUGUAAAGGUAAAAUAUUUCAACCUUUGCUGUUCGUUCAGUCGCAGCGAAUACCUGAAUUCAAUUUUAUACGACUUCGUUCUAAUUUUGAUGAAGUUAUUAUCAAGUCAGAAGUAUUAGAAACUCCUUAUAUCAUGGAUGAUGAACUAAAGUCUGACCUUCAAUACUCUACCAAACGGCUUUUGGAACUCGGUUUGUCUUCUUUACUUAAAGUUACUGAUUCCAAUCGAUCAUAUUGGAUAGCCCCUUUAAAUACGAAGUGUUCAAACAAUCUUAUUUUGAACGACCUUAUCGACUGGUCAGCGGUGCGUAGUCUUUCUAGUAAAGUUCAAGUUGUCAAGGACAUUACUAUGCUUAAACCGCAUUUAUUGUUGAUGUACGAUCAGGAAAGCAUUUUUGAGCUUUAUUCCUUUGAAUCCCUCGCUCGUCAGGAUAUGCAAGGAUGUAGUAUAGUUUGCAAAAGGAUGCCUUUUAAACUAAACUACUCAUUGAAUAAAAAGCAAUCCAUGCAAAUAAAAAAGCCAAGUACAAGCUUACGUCUAAAUCAAGUAUAUCUUACCGGUUUGUCAAAGUAUUUGAAAGAGUCGGCCUUACUUCUUCCUUCUAUACUUUACCACAUGGAAGCUCUUUUUUUAGCGUCUGAAUUUGCAAGUAAACAUGGCUUAAAAUGUUCAUUGCUAACCAUGCUGCAAGCUUUAUCGACUGAGGAUGCUUCUAUGGAUGACAAUUACGACCGUUUAGAAUUUUUGGGGGAUUCAUUUUUAAAAGUUUAUGCCUCUUCUACUGUUUUUUUAAAAUAUACUCAUGAUCAAGAAUACCAGUUGCAUGUUCACCGCAAACAAAUUAUCAGCAAUUACAAUUUAUAUAUGCAUGCAAAAAAAAUGGAAAUAUCACGCUUCGCAUUAUCCGAACCUAUGGUCAUUCGCAAGUGGUGUCCCUUCGGCUUUUUGAGAGAGAACAAACAUGGAAAGAACUAUCCAUCGUUUCAGCUAUUAUCAAAAAAAAGGUUAGCAGACUUGGUUGAAUCCACUAUUGGUGCUUGCAUCUUGGACAACGGUGUUGACUCAGGGCUUGAAUAUUGUACAAAUUUAGGUCUUGGGUUACUAGACGUGAAAAAUUGGUCUGACUGGAAUAACUUUUUAGACAUUGACUUUUACGCGAGCUUGAUUUCGUGUAAAGUGUUUCCUUAUCACGAACACAUUGAAGAUGUCACUGGGUACACUUUUAAAAAUAAAGCAAUUUUACAUUUAGCUUUUAUACAUCCAACGAUGUUGAGUUCAGGCGAGGUAUCGGGAUCUUAUCAACAAUUGGAGUUUCUUGGUGAUGCAGUUCUGGAAUAUUUAGUCGUUCAGUACCUAUUUCAUAAAUACCCUGAGUCAUCUACUGGUGAAUUAACCAAUUUUAAGUCAUUUUUCGUAUGUAAUCAUAGUCUUGCAUACGUAGCUUUCUUACUUGGUUUGCACAAAUACCUUGAAUAUGACAAUUCCGAAAUGUUUGGGUUAAUUUAUGAGUACCAGGAGAUGAUUGAAGAAGCAAAAUCAAAUAAAGUCCCCUAUUUUUGGCUUGAAGUGGAUCCUCCGAAGUUCAUAGCUGAUACUUUUGAGUCACUUAUAUGUGCCAUUUAUCUAGAUUCUAAAUUUUCCUUUGAAAGCCUUAGAUUUGUAUUACCGUUAUUGGUUGAUGUGCUUGGUGAUCCUUUAGAUUUACAUAAAAAAAAUCUGGUUUUAGCUAAAGUACAUAAGCUUCUCAGUGCUCAAGGAUGCUCAGAUUACAAAGUUGCCCACAAGGAAGAACUGGAAAUAAGAGAAGAUGAAAAUUUCAAAUUGAAACGAGAGAGCUAUAUAUAUCACACCGUUUCAUUCAUUCGGCAUGAUAAUGUUGUAUGCUUAGGCACCUCUCGAAAACUAAGUAGUGCGAAAAUUAGUAUGAAAAAUAAACUAAAAGGAUUACUCGAUAAGAACUCUAAUUUACUGCUAUACUCUUGUGAUUGUGCUUUUAAAGCGACGGACUGUGUAAAAACUGAAAGUGGUUCACCAGAGGGAUAG